UCGUAGGGAAAAUAAAAAAUCAGAGCGCCGCAUCCGAUAAAAACCGCGGGAAAUGGAGGGUGGAGCCGAAGGGGAAGUCGCCGGAGUCCGUCCGACUAGCUCCGAAACCCUAACAUCCGCGACGGACCUCGAUUCGCAGUCCACAGGUCCUGAAUCCACUGCCGAUCCCGGUGAGGAUGGUCGUGCCAAAUCGGAAUUCCCGGUGAACCGGACGGAGAUCUUGAGAGCUCUCGAAGUGGUCGAGAGGGACUCUCUCGCGAUCUCCGAGAGCUUCGCCUCUCUCUUCGCCUCUCUUCGCAUGGCUCUCUCCGAGAUUACGAGUAACUCUGUUGAUCACAUGCACUGUUUCAGCGAUGCGGCUGGUCGACUUCAAGAAUCUGUGCUUGAUGCUGCAACAAAGGGAAAUCGGUAUAUAAAUUCAUGUCUCAGAUUAAAUGAGGAAAUGAAGGGCAUUGACAAUCUAGCCAUGCAAUUAAAAAUCUUGAGGCGAAAUGUUGACGCUCUCGAUUCAGCUGUGAACAGGCUUCUCCGAAUCCCUUGACACAUCCAUUCUUGAUUUCCUGGUUAAAUUAAGCAUGGAGCUGAAACUUGUUGACAAACUUCAUUGACCUGUAUUGCUCCUGAAUUUGGAUUUGAAACUAGCUGUCACUGGCCUCCAGGGCAAUGCAAACUACUCGUGGCUAUUCUGAGGCCCGUCAAAGCUACUUUUGCUAUGGUCUGCACCACUUUUCAGUGGCUAAGAGAAAAAAUAAAAGGGCCAAAUGCAACAGAACACACAAACAAAGAGACCAAGCCUCACACCGCCAGUCUCUAAGCAAAACGAAAAGGCCUUUUGGUCGGAGAAACUAGCAAACCCAGUUCCAUGGAGCCUUACAUGUAGGCAACGGCUAGCCUAAAGAUCUGCUCGAGUAACCCCCCUUAGGAGCCAAACCCUUGAGUAACACCCUUGCAAUCUUCUUCCACAAUCGCGUGCUCGAGCCCCUUAGCCUAGAGACUCGCUUUGGCCUCCCUCAUUGCAACCGAGACUGCGCCGCAAAAAAUUAACCCCGGCCUCUGCAAUCCACCCAGCAUCAUCCCGUGCCACCACAACAAGCGUACAUUAAGCGUCCCUAAAGCCUACAUCAUCAAGGUUGAGUUAACAACUCCUGCAUGAGGGGAAACCAUAACCUCUCUGAAGCCCGCGUCUUUUUUUUUUCUUUUUCUUUCUUUUUGGUUUGGUUAACCGAUGAGUAAUCGGGAUGAGCCUGACUAAUCUUAUUGGUCUUGCGCAC